UUCGAAUGUGGCUCAAAGUGUUGUGUAGCCCGAAUGGAGUACUGUGUCUCUUCGUGCUGCUUCCCUGCACUAAGAGAGCCUGAAGAUAAUAGCGCCGAGACUUCGCCUUUACUAUCACAGCAUAGGCUUCCGCCAUAUAUAUAUCGACCUCUAGCAGCUGAUGAGAUACGUCUGCUUGUGCUCCAUCCAGCAAGAUCCUUCGAAGAUGAGAUUGUCGUUCAUUUUCAAGUCGUUAGACGCUCAGACGACAAGUACUUUGAGGCUGUGUCUUAUGCGUGGGGCGAUGACCAGGCAACAGCCACGCUUUUGAUGCACGACGAACAGUAUGCGACGUCCUUUCUACACGGCCAGAGCUUCCUCACUAGAAUCUAUCGCUACAAUGCUUUGAAAGAACAGCUUCAAGCUUUCUUACGUGUAAGGGCAAAUGUAACUACGAUGUUGCGCUAUCUUCGGUAUCCAUGGUUACCCCGAUAUCUCUGGAUUGACCAACUUUGCAUCAACCAAAAUUCUAGGGACGAGAAGAGUCAGCAGGUCAAUCAGAUGGGCGAAAUAUAUAAGGGCUCUGGGAGAACACUGAUAUGGUUAGGCUGCUCGAAAAGCCAUAGUAGGCCGUUGGCGGCACUGGAGGCUACAUGGCUAAGAUCCCGUCCGAGCCGAGGGCGUGACUCGGAUAGCAAUAUUUUGGGAGAACGGGAGGGGCGGGAGGGGGAAGGGUACAUGCGAUUGCGCCCAGAAGUCCGAAGAAUUCUCUCAUUGUCGUGGUUUCAGCGUCGUUGGGUAAUCCAAGAAGUGGCUUUGUCCCCGCGUCCCCGCUUCAUCUUUGGAUACGACGAGAUGACUUUUGAAGACAUGACCUACUUCAUUGAUCAGCUCCGAAAAAUUUCAUAUGAUAUUCCUCCGCAUAUCGGCAACGCGAUACACACCUUGGAAACAAUGACUAGCCUCUUUCGCCGGAGUCGUUUCCGUGGAGCUGGCAUCAUUACAAACGUCAGGCACGAUGUAUAUUAUCAAUACUACCGCCAUCACCCAAAGAGCAACGAUACUGCCGACUUCAUUCAGCUUCUUGUUAGCAUGCACUCGGCACGAUGCUCCGAUGAUCGAGAUCGACUGUACGCCCUGAACAGCCUACGCAGCGACCCAAUGAUUGUAGACUAUCAACAGACUGUGGAGGAAGUAUACGGUACAUUGGCUGCAACAGAAUGCACUUACAGCCUAGAAACACUAUAUUGCAGCGGGGCCUUUCCUUCACAAAGCUUGCCUAGCUGGGUCCCAGACUGGAGAUCGCCGCGCCGGUGGAUUCCUAUGAAAUCUUUUGAAGGGCGACGGCCAAGUGAUCAACUACUGUCAGAUAGUCCCCGCCGUCCCAAUCUCCCUUCACAAAAGCCAGUAUUCAUCAACUCCAAGACGAUGGUGAUAAACGCUGUCACUUUAACGUUCGUCGCUAUGAAAGGGCCCCAAUUAUACGAAAACUGGUCCUUCAACCCGUGGCUAUGCCUAAACAGGUACCUUGAGUUUUUCACUCGUACUAACGGCUCGACAACACCUCAUAAUGACAUAUAUGAUAUCGAAUCUCUCGAUCGACUGAUAGCCACACUCACAGCUGGUGCCAUUUCGUCCGGAGAAAAUCUCAAACAGUGGCUUGAAGCAUACGACAGCCCUCGAAGCUAUAAAAAUGCCCGCAAAGAGUAUUUGGAUCCCUGCUGUCAUAACAAGGAUAGAACAUUUUGCGAGUACCCUCAGGCUCACUCGAAUAUAUUCAAUAUACUUGAAAGAAUUCAGGAGAUACUCAAAGGGCGCUGCACGUUCAUUACCGACAGGGGGGACUGGGCGUUAGGACCGGCCCCGCUGCUCUUAGGAGAUAUCAUUGUUGCUCUUGCUGGGUGUAGCUAUCCAUUUGUAAUGCGCCCAAGGGGGCCAGCUUCGUUCACGAUUGUUGGCGAUUGUUAUAUCAUGCUCCCUAGAUAUUUGGAUGAGGUUCUCGCUCAAAGCACAUUCCGUGCGAUCUCCAUUGUAUAAGGAGGGCAUUGAAGCAUCUAGCUCACACGAGCCGU